GCGCGUUUGACUGUGAACUUUGAAGCGGAUAGCAAAAAAAGAAAGAGAAAAAAAAAUAAGAAAUAUACUUGCACAACAUUUUAGUCAGUCUUUGAUUUUCUGUACUGUUUGUUAAAUCAAUCGAAAUUAAUCAUCAAGAAAAAAGAAGAAGAAGAAGCCAAUACAUUCUAGUUGAGAACCACCUGAAGCCGUUUAUAUAACACAAGAAGGCAAUAAAAACUCGAGCCCCUCCGUGAAAUUCCCCAAAAAAAAGAAACGCAAAGAUGUUGCAACUGCUGCGUCGCUCUUCACUGCCUCAAGGCGUGAUCAAAAACUACGCCCGCGGUUUAGGCUCUGUGAUCCCGGAUAACAAACUGGAAGAUUUCUCGGUUGUUAAUGAACCGAUCUUAGGCUAUGGCAAAUCAUCACCCGAACGUAAAGCCUUGCAGCAGGCUCUGCAGGCAACCGCUGCCCGGUGCGAGGAGGUGCCCAUUGUGAUUGGCGGCAAGGAGUUCAAGACCUCGAAGGUGGUGCAUCAGGUGAUGCCACACAAUCAUCAACACAAGCUGGCACAAUUCUAUUAUGCCGAUGCCAAGCUCAUUAAGCAGGCUAUCAAAACAGCUGUGGAAACUCAACCCAAAUGGGAUCGUGUUCCCCUAUCGGAACGCUUGAAGAUUUGGGAACGUGCUGCCGAUUUGAUGGCCACGAAAUAUCGUCAAGAAUUGAAUGCAGCAACCAUGUUGGGUCAAUCGAAAACGGCAAUACAAGCUGAAAUUGAUUCAGCUGCCGAAUUAAUUGACUUCAUAAGAUUAAAUGCAUAUUUCCUUAAGGAGUGCGCUAAAUACCAACCCAUUAGCGAGGAUAUAAAGGUCACAAAGAAUUCGUUGCGUUAUCGUGGCAUUGAUGGUUUCAUAGCCGCCGUCAGUCCAUUCAACUUUACGGCCAUUGGCGGUAACUUGUCCUAUACUCCGGCCCUCAUGGGCAACGCUGUGUUGUGGAAACCUUCGGACACAGCCCUGCUAUCCAAUUGGCGUAUAUUCAAUAUUAUGCGUGAGGCAGGUGUGCCCGAUGGUGUGGUGAACUUUGUGCCAGCCGAUGGCCCAGUCUUUGGUGAUACGAUUACAGCCAGCCCCCACUUGGCUGGCAUUAAUUUCACCGGUUCAGUGCCGACCUUUAAUCGCCUGUGGAAACAGGUGGGCAAUAAUAUUGACAAUUAUGUCAAUUUCCCACGUUUGAUUGGUGAAUGUGGUGGUAAGAAUUUCCACUUUGUACAUAAAUCGGCGGAUGUGGAAUCGGUUAUAACAUCGACAAUACGUUCAGCAUUUGAGUAUUGUGGCCAAAAAUGUUCGGCCUGUUCGCGUAUGUAUGUCCCAGAAUCUUUGUGGCCAGAGAUCAAAGCUGGCUUGCAACGUGAGGCUGCUAAACUGAAAAUCGGUGAUGUUCAGGAUUUCAGUAGCUUCACAUCGGCUGUCAUUGAUGAUAAAGCAUUUAAACGCAUUACCGGCUAUAUUGAGCAUGCCAAAAAUUCACCAAAUCUAGAAAUAAUCGCUGGUGGUACAUAUUCCGAUAGUAAAGGUUACUAUAUCAAUCCAACCAUUGUAGAAACUAAAGAUCCCAAGGAUCGCAUUAUGACUGAAGAGAUCUUUGGCCCCGUUUUAACUGUCUAUCCCUAUAAGGAGGCAGAUUUAUCAAAGACCAUGAAUCUGGUGCAUACAUCCACAAAGUUUGCAUUGACCGGAGCAGUAUUUGGGCAGGAUGAGGAAUUUAUUAAUUGUGCUCUGGAGGAGUUUAAAAUGGCUGCCGGCAAUUUCUAUAUCAAUGAUAAAUCAACUGGUUCUGUGGUCGGACAACAGCCAUUUGGCGGUGGUCGCAUGUCUGGCACUAACGAUAAGGCAGGCGGUCCCCAUUAUAUCCUACGUUGGUCUUCACCACAAUCGAUUAAAGAGACAUUUGUGCCCCUGCGUGAUGUCAACUAUCCCUAUAUGAGCGAGUAAAUCCUUACAAAAUAACAAAAGGAUACUGAAAGGGAAUGCAUCAGAGAGGGAGAGAGAGAGAAUGAGGCAGAAAGAGACAAAGAAGAACUACAAAAUAAUGAAGGAAAAGAAAAAAAACCAACAGGAAUCUCAUAUAACUAACUAACUAACUCUUAUAUAUGGAUUAUAUAUAUAUCUUUAUAUAUAUCAAUGUAUAUGUAUAUGUAUUUUGUUGAACUAUUUUUAAACUAAACACAAACACGCCCACUUGUCGUCGUCGUUGUCCCCACCCCGUUUUCCCCUUGCCCACCCACCCCGUCCCUUCUCUAGUUAAAUGUUGUAAAACAAACCUCGAAAGAAAAACAAACAAAUGCCACGAAUAAUGUUGUAAAUUGAUAUGCUGAUUUCACCCUGAACAACAUGAAUAAAUACAACUCGAAUACUAUAAUAACAUAAUAA